UGCAUUGGUGCGCAUGCGCGAAUACAGCCACAGAUCAAACAUGAAGAUGCGUCUUUCAUCGCUUUUUGCCACUUUUUCCAUCUUUAUCUUCCACCUGUCGCUCGCCCGUGCUGACGCAGUCCGGAGGAACCGGCGAGGGGCGGAGCUUAAGGGUGAAAGUUCACCCGUGUUGCAAGAUUCCCAGUGUGCGGAUGGCGUGUACCAACAUGGCAAAACCACCUGUUGCUUGUGUGCUGCUGGUCAGCGUCUGAAGAAGGACUGCACAUCCGCCAGUCCCCUUGACAGAAAGUGUGAGGUGUGUGAGCCAAACACGUUCAGGAGCAGCCCAAACCAGCAGAAAACCUGUGAGCGCUGCACGUCCUGCUCACAUCCCAACGCCUACCUGGAGGUGGACACCGCCUGCACCCGAGCCAGCGACACCAAGUGCCGGUGUAAGGCGCGUCACUAUUGUACCAGUCUCAGCGAUCGAGGCUGUAACCUCUGCCACCCUUGCAGAGAGUGCGGUGCGGAGGGCGUCAAAGUGGCCUGCGCGGCCGCCCACGACACCGUCUGUAAUGACAUAUUGAAUGCGAGACGUCAUCUUGGCACAGGACUUGCAGCUGCCGUGUUCCUACUUGGGGUGGGUUUAUGCUGGGUCGGUGCCAGGAAACGAUUGUCUAAGAAUAGGACCCCCACUGAUCCAAACGGCAAUGAGACUGAGGAAAACGAUCCAAACAGCGAUACGACUGAGGAAAAUGUGUUGCAGCUUCUGCUUGACAAGGAUCCCUCGCCUUACCUGCCUGAGAUCGCAGGGGUGGUGGGAUGGAAGACCAUGCGCCACGUGGCGAUGACAAGCGGGAUGAGUGACGUCGCCAUCGAGGCCUGCGAACUGAAUUUCCCGAACGAUUCCGAGGAGCGGACGCUGCAGCUGCUGAGGAAGUGGGUGCAGGGGCAGGGAAGGGACGCCAUGAAAAACUUGGUAGAGACCCUGGAGAAGAUCAAUCACAUGGUCACAAAGCAGAAAGUGGUGAAUAUUUUAUUAUAGAAUGUAUUAAUAUGUUAUAGGGUUGAGUACAGAGGUACUAAUGAAUCACAAAUGGUACUAUAUUUGAAAAUUACCGGUUUGCCAUAUAUUUAUAUAUUUUUUUUACAGAUAUGACGGCGCAUUGUCAUGACGUUGCUGGUUUUUACGACUAUAGGAGCAUGUUCGGCAGCGCACACACACAGAGUACUUACAAGCACACACAGUGUGCAGACAGA